CAAGGAGCAGGCAGACUUGAAGGAAUCCCGAGGGAUCCGGCCGAUCGAUCACAUGAUCAAAAUCCCGCCUCAGUUAUGUACCAAGUUAUGACCCUGACCAUAAGGCUCCUCUAGUUUCACCGGGUCAUGCCUACUAAUGGGGUUUUUUUGUUAAUCGAGCGCGUUGCGUAAUCCGAUCGAGGAGCAGAGUGGUGUUUAGAAGCAGCUGAUCCCCCUAAGCUCUGCCCACAAUCCACUCGUUUUGGACGAGUCUCCUUUCUGCAUUACAUCUUUGAAAUUAUACUGUCGAUUCCACCCUCACCAUCAACAGAACCGACCACUGACGUCGUCCUUGGCGUCCUGAUUCUUGGUCAAUCUCCGGCGGAGAAUGCCAGCGCUGGAGGCGACCAGCGACCCAGUCGCCAUGGACACGCAGCCUCCAGGCGGCGGUGGUGGCAGUGUGAUAGGGUCCUUGGAGGGGAGAGGCAUGGAAGGGAGAGGCAAGCUGCAGCUGGUGCAGCCGUCGUCGGCGGACGAGGAGGCCAAGGUGGUGAGGGAGCUGAUGAACACGGCGGACGCGGGGAUGAAGGAGGGAGACACGUACAACCUUGUUGACGCUAGAUGGUGGCGGGCGUGGUCCAGAUACUCUGGCUACUCAGAAUCAGAGAACGAGGCACAGGAAGUCAAUGGGCGCCCGCCGCCCAUAGACAACUCGAGCCUGGUGGAUCGGGAGGCGCAGGACAGGUUCGGCAGUGCCGAGCCUCACCUGCGGCUGGAGCUGCAGGAGGAGGGCGACUAUGUGCUGGUGCCGCAGUCGGUGUGGCGCGUGCUGCACUCGUGGUAUGGAGGGGGCCCAGUGGUAUCGCGCCACGUGGUGCACAUGGGGGGGCGGGAGGAGCUGUCAGUGGAGGUGUACCCGCUGUGCCUCGAGCUCUCCUGCGUCUCUGCCGCCACGUCGCUGCCCCCCCGUGUGGAGUCUGUCACUAUCAGCAAGCGCGCGACUGUGGGGGCCCUCAGGCACCGAGCCUGCGAACUGUUUGGGCUGCAGCUUGAAAAUGUGCGAGUGUGGGACAAUUACGGGGGCAAGCGCCACAAGGUGCUGAGCGACGAAAGGCAGGCGCUGGAAGACGCUGAGCUGCAGAUGGGCAACCAGAUCCUUGUGGAGGUGGGGGACAACGGCCAGUGGCCAGCCCAAUCCGUGCAUUUGGAAUCCUCCUCCCCCUCCUCCCCCUCCACUCCCUCCCGCACCGCCAAGCCUACCAACACCUCGCCCUUCCACACCUCUUCUCCAGCCCCAACCUCCGCUGUAGCUUCGGGAGCCGAGCCUACCGCUGCGGUGCCUAGCGUCUCCAUAGCAGGGGGUCCUCUGUCCCACUACAGCAGCGCGCCUGCGCCCCCCCCUGGCGCACUGUUUAUCACCUCGUGGCCUCCCAACCCUACUGCUGACGGGGAGGAGGAGGCUGGAGGAGGGGCGGAGGGAUCGACCUGGUCACCUGUUAGGGAAAUGACCGAUGCAGAAGGGGCGGGGGGGGAAGACGAGGGCGAAGGGGGAGUUAGUGAUGCUGCUGGGUCAACGUUUUUAGGGCUGGGGACUCCAAGUAGGGCUGACGCCAACGCUGCUGCGGCUGGCGGUGUCGGUGACGUCAGAGGGAAGCUCAAAGCGGAUUUCCCAGCGGACGUGGGCCCGGCUAAGAAACCCACGUCUGGCAUCUCGGGGAUUUCUGGCAUCUCGCUUACAAUUGCGCCCCCUCCCUCUGCCUCGUCCUCAUCCAUGGCUAUCGUCCCCGUGCCUAGCGCUGAGGAGAAGAAAGGCUCGGGCUCAGGCUCGGGGUUCGGUUUCAGGUUCGGGUUCGGGUUUGGUAGCAGUUCAAGUUCGAAAGCAGCAGCUGCGGCAACAGCGAGUGCAGGAGCAGGAGCAGGGGCGUCCCAGGGUAUUCACGGGGGGCCGGUGGGGUUGACUGGGCUGGUGAAUCUUGGCAAUACGUGCUUCAUGAACAGUGCUUUGCAGUGCCUCGUGCACACAGUGCCGCUAGUGGAGUACUUUAUGGCGGAUUACAUGAGGGAGAUCAACAGAAGCAACCCGCUGGGCAUGGAGGGCGAGAUGGCGACAGCGUUUGGGGAGCUCCUGCGCAAGCUUUGGGCGCCAGGAAGGGACCCAGUAGCCCCCAGAGCCUUCAAGGCCCGCCUCUCUCGGUUCGCCCCUCAGUUCAGCGGCUACAACCAGCACGACUCGCAGGAGCUCCUGGCAUUCCUAUUGGACGGGUUACACGAGGACUUGAACAGGGUGAUGCGCAAGCCGUACAUCGAGGCCAAGGACGCGGAUGGACGGCCGGAUGAGGAGGUGGCGCGGGAGAACUGGGAGAACCACAAGGCGAGGAACGACUCGAUUAUCGUCGACAAAUUCCAGGGUCAAUACAAGUCAACGCUGGUCUGCCCGCACUGCAAGAAGGUGUCAGUCACCUUCGACCCGUUCAUGUACCUCUCCCUGCCGCUGCCCUCCAAAGCCACGCGCUCCCUGCACCUCACCCUCAUCUCCUCCUUUGGCGACCAACCCCCCCGCAACCUCACUGUCACUGUGCCAAGAACGGGGAGGAUUCUGGACCUGCAGAGGGCGCUGGCAGAGGCGUGUCAGCUACCCACUGGGGAGAGGCUGCAUAUUGCCGAGAUCUACAACAACCGCAUUUUCCGCUCCUUCCCGCCAUUGGAGCAGAUCUCGUCCAUCGAGGACCGGGACAGGCUGGUGGCAUACAGAGUGCCGAGAGGCUGUGAUUCCCCCGUUAUAGUCACACAGCGAAUCAAGGAAGUCUCCACAGUGACCAACGAUUUCUUCUGGCGUCUGCACGGCGCCCCUCUCCUCCUCCCCGUCUCGCGCUUCGACCUCCGGUCGGGAGCUGACCUCUACCGCCACGUGCGCUGUGCUCUCAGGCCCUUCCUGCGACCAGGGGUGCCUGAAAGCUCGAUCCACCCUGCUGGGGACAUUGCUCCCGCUGCUGCUGCCGCAGUUGGUGGCGUUGCUGGUGAUUCUAAUGGUGGUACUGCUGUUCCUGAUGCUGGUUCCGCUGGUGGCGAUGCUGGUGGCAGCACGGAGGACAGAGAUGUGCAGGGGAAGGAUGACCCUAUGGAUGAGUCUGCCGGGAGGGGGGACGCUUGUGCAGGUGAUGCAGCAGCAGCAGCUGCAGCGGCUGCAGGGGAAGCAAGUGGCGAGAGUGAGGGAGGGAUUGAGACGAGUGCAAGGGGGUCUGCAGGCGCUGUGAAUGCUGCCAGCACAGAGGGGCAGGGGAAAGAUGGGCAGGAGGGGCAAGGGAGUGAGACCCAGGCAUCAGCGGCAGCAGAGGAGCCGCCGUUUCAGCUGUCAGUCACUAGAGCACAUGUGGAGACUGCUGCUGAUGCCAUUCGAAUCCCCGAUGGCACGGAUUUGCCCAAGGGUUUUACCCCGGAUAUGCUCUCAAAGGAUGGUCUCGCACUGCUUUUGGAUUGGUCGGCCAAGGGGCUCAAGGAGUUUUACGAUGUCGGGCAGCUUGAGGAGCUGCCCGAAGUGAGCUCGGGCAGUGCCGGGCUGCCCAUGAAGAACAAGCGGCAGGAGGGAGUGACGCUGUUCUCGUGCCUGGAUGCUUUCAUCAAGGAGGAGCCGUUGGGACCUGAUGACAUGUGGUACUGCCCGCAGUGCAAGGAACACAGGCAGGCAACCAAGAAAUUGGACCUCUGGCGGCUGCCCGAGAUUCUGGUGGUGCAUCUGAAGCGCUUCUCCUACAGCCGCUACUUUAAGAACAAGCUCGACACGCUCGUCACCUUCCCCACGCACGACUUUGACCUCUCGCCGUACCUGCCGCCCUGCAGCGCUGAGGCGGGCGGCAAUGUGUAUGAGCUGUAUGCAAUCAGCAAUCAUUACGGUGGCAUGGGUGGAGGGCACUACACUGCUUAUGUGCAGUUGGGCAAUGAACGCCAAUGGCACUGCUUCGACGAUAGCUUCGUUUCACCUGCAAAUGAGUCACAGAUUGAGACACCAGCAGCCUAUGUGCUGUUCUACCGGAGAGUUGGAAGCUCACACCAUUAUUCCGCAUCUCAGAACGAAGCGGCAGGUGAUGGUGAUGGACAGAGUACCCCGGCGACUGAGGCCACUGACAUGGACCAUGACCCAUAGGUUUGGUAGUGAUACCGAGGUGUGUUUUAGGAAUUAAUGGGCGUAGGCUUGGUUGAGUGUCUUGUUUGUUGAACAGUCUACUGUAUCAAAGAUUCAUCGCCUGUGACAACUGCACAUGCCACCUGACUUGCCCUAUGAUCCAGGCCUGAAUUAAAUGUCACCUCGUCUU